AUGAUGUUAAAUUAGACAAGCUUGUCUUAUUAUAUCAAAAGACGACUAUACUAACUAAAGAUUUUUAAUUCUAUAAAUUUGCAAAAAUUAUGAAAUAUUAUAAAAAUUAAGAGACCUUGUGAUCAAAGUGUAGAAUAUUUGGAAGAGUUAGGUUGUUGCUUUAAGAAGUUAUUAACUAAAAACUAGAACUAUGGAUUUGGUUAUUAAAAAUAGAGAAAUUUAAAACAAUUAAGUGGAAUUUCAAUAGAGAUCAUAAAAAGCUUUGAUCGAUAGAAUGUAUACGUAUAAAAUGGAAGAGUCCUAUUAGUGA